AUAUAAUAAUACAUAAUGCAUGAUGCAAUCUCAAUAGAACGUGAUGCAAUUCUCCAGCACACAGCGCGAAGGAAAUUGCUAGAAUCAGGCUUCAAUAGAAAGCAAAAGUAUAUGUGUAUAAUGUGUAUAUAAUGUAAAUAGAAAACAUAUUGCAUCGCGCGUAAAUAGACUUAUAUGCAUCGUUAGGAGAGAAAGAGAAGGAAGAUAGCAAAAAAAUGUAUAUUCACGUGUGUAUAAAUACUCGAUGAAUUUGAAAUAAAUGGAGUUAAUCAGUUACUCUCGGAAAGUCUAAAAGUGUAUCAGUUACUUUCGGAAAUUCUUAGAGUGCACUUCUUCUGUGUAUAUUUUCAGUCCAGCAAUAAGUAUAGGCCUUUUAUGGUACUAACUUGUGCUCGACUAAUAUUCGCAGAAUCAUAAACUCGCUUCCACAAAGUGAAUUAAUCGUACGUGGGGUUAGCACCACGAGUUCAACGCUAACACUCACGUUCCGUAAAACAGCAAUGCAGACAACAACUUGCAGCAGUCACCGAAACACAACAAUGAUGCCAACAGCGUAAACAAAACCAACGUUUAUGCGCAGCAAACACAUAGCGGUCCGCACAGUGGGCCUUUUUUUUCAUGUAUCUUCUCAAAUAGUCUGGACAACGACAGACACCAGCCACCAACGCGCUUUGGUAGGUGUUCCAAGCUGGAACGAACGCCCUAACCCCAAUCUACAAUCGGGGUUGAAGAGCCAGUGGACUUUGACAGACGUGUCACAGACGACCAAAUCGUGAGACUAACUCACACGAAGCAGACGAAUCAACAAUGGAAAACAUCAGAUCACAGGCCACACCACAUUGCUCAAAAUUUAUAAAUGCGCAAAUAUUGAAACAUUAAUUGUGACGUCACAAAUAGUAAAUAUAACCAAACCCCGAAAGUUACAUGUAAUGUUAGCUAUUAAAUUAUAAGAAGUACACUACGUACGUACACUUAGAAAUAGAAUAGGACACCAUUACAAACACAAUACACGUGUAAUAAAUUGAAAAUUUCCUAGUAUACCUUACAUGAAUGUUCUUCGUACAUAUAUUUCUAUUUAUUCUCGUUUUGUCGUUUUCCCGUUCUCAAAAGGAGAUUCAGGCCUCGCCCGUUCUAGUUUUGCGGGAAAGUGUGAGCCAUCGCUAGCCUUUGAGUAGGUUGGAAGCGGCUGAGGGUUCUGUCCUUGUAUCGUGUGUAUAACACUUUUUAACAUUUACCCCGAGCUCCCGACUGACAGCUUAAUGCUGCCGGUGAGUUCUAGAGGAACGACCCUGUGGUGAGAACGUCGUGCGGUUUGAGCUAGACACUCACGAGUAACGGACGGGAAGUUACAGACCCGAAGAUGUGGAGCGUGAUUUGGUCACAGCGAAGAUAAUCUCCAGUUCCGCGCGAUCUGGUUGACAGUCACAUCAACUCCAUCCGAUGACGCAUCCGCUAUAAUAGUGGUAGCAGUAACAUACCAUGCUGUGGAUUGUAGUGUCUCAUAUAGUGGAUAUAUAUUAGUGGUCUAUCGUCCUGAGAAACAAUCGAACUACAGUGACGUCUUUUUGCGCUUGUAUCUCGAUAAGGCGUUCAGGUAAUUGAUCUGGCGAACUGACGAUCUGACCGAACGAGCACUUUUCUGCUUUUCCGAACUUCUAAAUUCGAUCGAGGGUGUUUGCUGAAUCGUCGGAAUAUUCACAUGUUCAGUUGAAUCCAGUUAGCAUCUUAUCUAUGAGCUGUUGAGAAGGUUUAUACCUGAUGGAAACCUUUUGUAUUAAUAAUGAACAAUUCACGACAACUUUCGUCCUCAUCCACUGGCCAGAACCCAUCCAAAAAGUCUAUUCAAAUGUACACCUUGCAGCUCGUUAGCUUAGCGAAGAUGUACUGUUGAGGUCCGUUGGAUCGACUCACCGAAACGUAUUAUGUCACUUGCUUUCCGAAUACUCCGAGAAAACAACCGGUUUAGUUAUGUUUGCCCGUUCUCAUCGGUUCAACUUCGCGUCUCCGCUGAGAUGAAGGUGAAGUGAAGUUCAACGUGAACUUCACCUCCACCUCCGAACACAACCCUGAAUCGUAGCUGAACACCGCUGGGAAUGUUGGUUGGAGAGAGCUGAGUGAUAUUAAAUAGUUACAGAUUUGACUGCAGAACUGUUCCAGUACAAUCAGAUUUAGAUACGGCCCAUCUGCCAUAAUGUCAGAUAAACCAUGAACAAUCAACCAUGACAUUUUUCGCUCUUGAUCACAACUUCACAUUUAAUUUUUAAUUUCAAGGGUUUGUCCGAGGUUGUGACAGCUUGGACUGUUCAAAGUUGUGUCUUAACAAGAAGUUGCUGGAUUUACGGAUCUUGGGCGAUCCUCGCCCUGAGCCGGAAUGCUUCACUGAUUGAAGUACUGUCAACGAAGACGCUGCCUCUAUCCUUGUCGCUUUCUAUCUGAUGUUCAGAAGUCGUCAUUCAUCCGAAAUCUGUUCGCGCAAUGUCAUUCCGCUCCUCAGUCUGGAUCGCUUAUACCUUUAGCUCACGGUCAGACAAGGGGCCUUAUUCCCGAAUACACUACACGUGAAAACAAUGUGGAGUGAGUACAACCUUAUUCCGGAUUGCACGCCACUGUAAACAUUUGGUUGAAUUCAUUAUGAAUAUACCAAGUUCAUCCACCGAUGUUAUUCUGGUUUACACUUCACGCUCUCGCUUGUGUAAACAGAGCGAUUCCCCGUGCUCAUCAUAAUCAUACACUCUCCCAAAAAGUUAGUAUAUAUGACGAGUUUUUUGGUAAAUAUUACCAAUGAUUAAUAAUUUUUGAAUCUACUUGAAUCUAUUUUUCAAGUGCAUUUUGGUUGAAAAAAAAUUCUUACAGCUUUUUUUCCCCAUGCUGUCAAACGUUUCUAAUAUAGUAAGAGCAAACGUUUUCAUCACUCGGGCUUUGUUUAUUAACCUUUUGUGACCGAAAUAGAAUUGAAAUAAAGGUUGUAACUUGGGUAAUUCGUAUUUUUAGAAAGGAAAUAGAUCAAAUAAUACAACUCUAGUGUUCGAAAUAAUUAAAACCUAACAUUUGGCGAGAAGUAAAAUUGAAUUACAAUUAAGUUUAGAGGAGUUUUGAAGUCAAUAAGACUGAAAUUUCUGAAUAUACCAAAACUAAUUUCUGCAAAUCUACCGAAUUGUCAGUUGUGCUUUCAUGAUUUCAAACGCUAGCAUUAAUUGAUGAAAAAAUGUAGUUCUUUCAUUUAAUUUAAUUAGAUUAUUAUUGUCUUUCAUAACGAUACUUUCUCUAUGUGGUUUAUUUUAAGAAAAGAAACUUUUUUCCUUCCUGAUUAUUGACAUUUCAAUUGGUUUCUUUUUGACUAUCAAUUUGAUUCCAUUCGCAUGACCCAGAUUCGUACAUAUUACGCGAUAAGAAUGGUAAACAAAUGUUAAAUCGGCCAGUAUAACCUAGUAGAAGCAGUCGGUCCAACGUUGAUUUAACAUACACCCUAAACAUGUUAUGUUAACCCAACUUUAAUGCAUAUAUUGUAUUUAAUUUAUUGAUCUUUUGUAUGCAUAUUUGUUCAUUUAUUGAACUAACUAACUUUUUUAAAUUAUUCAUUGAACUAUCUAAACUAUAGACAUCUGAUCCUGCAUCGAUUGGGUCUGAUCCACGGCUACAAAUUAGGAAAAAAUACACAAUCAUUACUACAAAUAGCUACGCCAGACUACUCAAUUCUCACCAUUAUCCUCUCCCAGGACCAGCGUGUAAUUACUUCUCAGCCAAACACAAUCGGGAAAUAUCACGAAGCUGACGAAACCCUGGCGGUAUUAGGUGAGGCCUGCUCUAUGCCCCGUUGCAAUAUUGACUUGACGCGCCGCGUCAGUGGAUACGGAACCUCUGUCGUGACGAAUCUGGAAAACAUCCAAUUGAUCGAACCACCGAUCACAAUCUGCAAAGCAUUUAUGAAGUUGUCCUUGACCAAAUCCAAUAGCAUAAAGAUGAAUCUAGGACUCGACAGGGUUCGUUUUUGUGUUUCGAAGUGCCCAGAUUCCUUAUUAUUGAAGUAAAGUCUUGUCCAGUUAGAAUCCGUACGCGUUGCACAUUUUACAGCGGCACAGUCAGUGGCCGCUGCAAGAAAGUUUUUACAGCGGUUUGUUUACAAAUGUUUCCUCUUCUGGUGGUAAAAGUUUCAAAUUUUUUCGUGCCGUAAGUCCGGAGUUAUUCCACAUGGAAGACAGAAGAAGAAAAUUAAUCUUGCACACCCACGUUGACAAUCCAACGUGGUCGGGUGCGAAGAUCGCGAAACAGUUGGAUAUCGCUAAAACUACCGUAUGUGAUGUGCUCAGACGAUUCCGCGAGCGGAACAGCGUGGACCGGGCGGUUCAAAAGAAGCGUCGAAGCGGAACCUACGAUCGUCAGCUGAAUUGGAAGGUGUUGAGAACCGUCAGAGCAAACCCUGGACUGUCCGAACAUGAUAUCGCUCAGAAAUACGGUGCCGCUCGUAGUACCGUUCGACGAAUCAUUCACCGAGCUGGACUUCAUUCCUACAAAGCAAUCAAGCAACCAAAUAGGACGAUGAAGCAGAGUCUAGUGACGAAAACUCGCGCUCGUAAGUUGUAUUAUCAGGUACUAACGAAGUACCAUGGAUGCCUGCUCCAGGAUGACGAAACUUAUGUAAAAAUGGACUUCGGCCAACUUCCGGGACAAAAAUUUUAUCUUUCCACGGCACGAGGCGAUGUCCCCGCCAAAUUCAAGUUCAUGUUCAUGGACAAAUUUGCCAAGAAGAUGAUGGUCUGGCAGGGUAUAUGCACCUGUGGUGCGAAGACGCCGGUUUUCAUCACUACAAAGACCAUGGAUUCGAAAUUGUACAAGGAAGAGUGCCUGAAGGAGCGUGUGUUGCCUUUCAUAAAGGCACACAAUGGUCCCGUUAAGUUUUGGCCUGACUUAGCGAGUUGCCACUAUAGCCGGGAGGUUCUCCAGUGGUACCGCGACAACGGGGUGGAUUUUAUCGAGAAGGAGUUCAACCCACCAAACUGCCCCCAAUUCCGCCCAAUUGAAAAAUAUUGGGCGAUUAUGAAGCGGAAGCUAAAGAAGACCGGAAAAAUGGCUCGGGACGCUGCAGGGAUGACCAGAUUCUGGAAAAAACUGGCCACAGAGGUCGACACUGCCGCUGUGCAACGUUUGAUGGGAGGAAUCACCAGAAAAGUGAGAAGUUUCAUCAGAAAUGAAGAAAAAUAAUUUUAAGGACAUUUUUUUGUAAAAGUGCAAGAAUAUAUCUUUCUUUUGGUUGAUCACUCUUUUUUGUAUGUCAUUCUAUCUCCGAGAUAUAAAUGAUUUCUUCCGUACGGAUUCUAACUGGACAAGACUUUAGUGUCUUCAAAUUCUCCCGCAGCAGACGAGGACGAAUCAUUGCUAUCCAAUAUGUAUCAAUAUUAAUUAAAGAACAUAAAUUGAAUUGAUUUUCAAGAAUAUUACUUUCCUGUCCCGAAUUCGGGUUAAUUCGACCUUCUUCUGUGAAGAAAUCAAUAUCGGAAAGUAGUGCCGUUCAACUUAAUUAUCAACUCGGUAAUUAGACUAAUAAUGUUAUAUUUACAUUUUCUUCGCGGUUGCCAGUAAUGACAAUUGUAAAUGUUACUAAGACCGCGAAGUAAAAUGAAUCAAUCGUUGGUAGGGAUGUGUAUUGCAUUCAUUUUACAAACGAUUGGUAAUAUUUACAGAAAAUAUGUACAUUCUACUAAUGUUUGAAUUACAAAAGUUUUGGAAGCUUUUUUUAGUAAUCCAUUUUCUGGGUGUAUCGACACAACUCGAGGAUAAACAAAACAAAAUACAACUGACGUUUCUCUUAGAAACGACAUUGGAAAUGAACACACGGUCAUUUUGGUAUCCACUCCACUUAAUACCAGGGGUACGACUAAAACGUCAAAUCCCUCAUAUUGCCAGUGUACUCAAUAUUGCUGCGGUUUACUGACAUUUUGGUUCAAUCAAUUACUGUUGUGUACAACUCGGUGCGGUUAUAUAGUCGAAUAGUGGCUAACUUUAAACUCCAUGUUAAAUGUGAACACCUCCAUGUGAAACUGAAAUAUGAAUAUCGCUCAUGCAGUUAGAAUAAAGCAGCGCAUUUUUCGAUUUCAAUCCUCGUAAAUGAUAUGUUGAUAAACAAAUGACGCCAUAUUGAUUUUGAUUUUGGGUAGCCUCUAUUCAAUUGAUGUCUAACCCCUGCUUAAUACACGAAGUUCAUUUUUACACUUCACGAAACGGGAAUAAGUACAACAAAAUGAAGUGAGAUGUAAGCGUAAUAGGAACGUAAGAGUACGUGGAUACGGGAAUAAGGCCCAAGGUUUUUGAACUUAUCCUCCGAAAGCUUCCUCAUUUCGAAUUCGAGAAAUACGCUAUAUUCGUUAUCAUCGUCAAAAAGUUUCAUUCCGCAUGUGAAACGAUGCACGAAGCUUUAACUUGAAUAUUUCAUCCGUUUACUUUCACUAUAAUGGAUUGUACCGUCUUCCAAAAGAAGUGGUAUUAAGGAGAAAUCCCGAACUGGAGGGCAAAAAAACCUUCGUCGCAGGAUACAUCAACACCUAACAAGCUUUAAACCAGUGUUUUGACCACUUUUUCACAUCCCAGACAAAAUUGCAAGAUUUUUCGGUAGUAAAGGUUAAACUUUCCGGGGACAUAACCUUAGAGAAGUUACAAUACUACAUGGGCUGAAACGUCCCGAGAUUUUUAAUGGAAACAAUCGUUUUUUGGCCAAAGCUGUAUUUAUUCCUUAACAUAGUUUCCUUCGAGGGCAAUACAUUUAGUAUAGUGAGUUUCCAGCAUUUCGAUUCCCUUUCCGUUGUAUGAAACUAAGUCUUCGAAAUAUGACUAGGUACCACUCUGCAGACUUCCUAUUGGACUCAGGACUGUGGUAAUGGAUCCACGUCUAUCCAUUGUUACAAAAAGUCGAAAUAAGGCCACUUGAUAACGCUUCAACAACGCCAAACCGGCUGUUGAAUCAUCAACGUGCCGCUGUUUUUGGUCGACGAUCAGCGAACGCGGCACCCAUCGCGCGGUUAGCUUUUUCAUGUCCAAAAUGUCGUGCAAAAUGUAUCCCACUCGUUCUUUUGAAAUUCGAACCUCUCGAAAUGAAUUUUGUUCAUUUGUAGUGGCGCCAUCUGUUGAAAAAUCCCGGGAUUUUUCAACCCAUGUAGUACCUCAAGGACUGUUAGUUUGAAUAUAUUUUGUUAUGUUCAUUUCAUGUUUCAGCUGUUGUUGUGAUUUGUACGUGAAGUAAUCUACCCGGAACAUGAAUAAAUUGACUAAAAAAAUGAACCCUUCAUGAAUAUUGUUUUCGAAAAAAAACUUCAUUGUUUGUCAUUGGCUUUGGUGUUGGUGAAUCAUAACUUCGGUAUUGCCGAUGAGUUUUUAUUCUAUUCUUACACAAUUUCCCUAUUCCUUCUCACUUUCUUUUUCCUUUGUAAUCUGUUUCCACCCAUGUUUUAUUGUAAUCUGAAUCCACCCAUUCAUUGAGGAUAUAUCAACUCUUUGCGGUCGCUUGAUUGCUCACAGCUACCACACCUUUUUUACCGUUCUGGUCAUUUGUCUGCUCUCAGCCACCACAGCAAGGAAUCAUGCUAAUCUAAUACAGUUCAGUUCAGUUUACACUUUUUCUAAACGAACCUUAAUGUCUAGUAAACCUGUUCAUUGUUCAUGGCAUCAUGAAACAGGACGCCCUACGCCCUGUGCGUGUUGUGCGUGUUCCAAAACACUACCAAAGGACACCUAGAAGAUUUACCAAAGGAUUUGGUAGUGUUUUGGAACUCUAGAUCUUGGUACUUUCGAAACCAUUCCACUAAUCCAGUUUUCCUGAAUUUUUUGAAAGCGGAUGAUUUUUCAAGGUAGGCCUUUGAACACUCAUUGUCCCACCAAAGUGAUGGAGGACGACGUCGGAAAGUGGUAGCCGGUAUACGUUCCUUUUGAGCUUGAAGUGCGUUUUCGUAAAUCAAACUUUAUAUCGAGUUUGAGUUAUACUUUUCGAGUGGAGGGAGUUCAUGCAUUGAAACAAUUGCUUCAGAUAUUAUUUCCGCAAAUUUAUUUCUCCAGUCAAUAUUCUUUGUGAGGUCAUACGAAAUAUUGACUGACUCACGAGAGCUUCAUUCAUUAGCGAUCGAUAAAAUUAUUGGUAGGUGAUCACUACCGUGGGGAUCUUGGUUUGUUGCGAAGAUUUUAACAAUGUUUAGUAGGGUGCCAUUUAUCCCCCAAUCUUCCAACGCCUUCCGAACGAGUUGGAUCCAGGUUCGGUUAUAUGCCUUGAAUCGCGAAUUUUGUACAACAAAUUUAUAUUUGAAGCUCAUUACAGAUUGGUUCAAAAACUUUUAUCAGUUACUGCAUCUUCGCAUAUUUCUUUCAAUAUGUUUGCGUAUUACCUUUUACAAAAACAUAAAUUCGUUUGUUAAUCAUGAAUGCACAUUGGAUUUUUCGUUAUUUCCUCGGAAAUGUUUAUGUUGAUUGGGGCAAACGUUAGGCCUGUUGACAUUUGUAAAAUAAAAAAAUAAAAAAAGGAUAAAGCUCACUUUUAUUCCGUAACCCGAACGGACUUCAAAUUUGAACGAUGUUGCAUUCUGUAACUCGAACGGAAUCGACUUCUGAGGCUCAAACCCAAUCGACAUAUGCAAAAGUGGCAACAUUCAAGGCAAUGCGAAUUGUGUCUGAUAAUAAUUUUAUAUUAUGGAUAAAGUUUGUACAGAAAUGCUAGGAAAAUUGCAGAAAAAUAGUUAAGUAAGGUGAGAACUACAUGUUCAAAGCAAUUAAAUAACAUCAAGUAAUAAUUUUCAUUCAAAUUUCAACAAUUUGAAACAGCAUUCGGGCCUGCUAAUGUGAUAGAGAGUGAAUAGUUUCACGAAUAUGGAUGAAUCAGUUUGACGUUUGUUUCGCGUCUAGGCAAUUUUUCCACUUUUGCAUAUGUCGAAUGGGUUUGAAUUUUGGAUGGAUUACAGAAUGCAAAAGUCAAUCUCGAUCGGAUUGCGAAAUUCCAAAUCCGUUCGGGUUACGGGAUGAGGAUGAUUAUAUCCUUAAAAAGAAUAAUGUUCAUAUCUAUCGAAACGAAAUUAUGAGAAUUGUGUUGUGAGUAAAUGCUGAAAAUGAUAAGGGGAAACUCUAAUCGUUUCUAUCGAAUAAAUGUUACUGAGAAGCAAUCCCACAUAUAAUCGCCCAUCUGUUGCCUCAACUUUUUUUGUUUUUCUCUUUGAAUUCUCCCUGAAAUCUGAAAAUUUCCUUUGCCA